CUCUCUUUCCCCCAACUUUUUAUCCAGCACUCACAAUAUUGCAAUGGUGACACCGACACUACACGUGAAAGAAAGAGACGCUAGUGCUAUUAUUUUAACCAAAAUACCAAGACAUAAAGCUCUCCGUUUCUCCCCCUAUUCCUGAUUCCUGCCUUAACUAUUGUAGAGAGGCAAGCAGACAUGCCAUUGGCAGACAGAGAAGGGUGCAGUGAGGUACAGCUAUGGGAACAUUGACACUUGAUAAUGGCAAUGUUGACUCAGAUGUAUACACAAGUCUGGGCCUUAAGACCGAGGAAUUGGGAAAAGGAGUUGUGGGAACUCCGCAGGUUUUAACACUUCUUUCAUCUCUUCUUGAGAGAUCUGUUAAGAAAAAUGAGACUCUACGGGAGACUGCACAGAUCAAUGAUGCUAUUACAGAAUUUGAUGGUUUAAGAGCACCUGCUGUAAGUAUUCGGCAGUAUAUUGAUCGCAUCUUCAAGUACUCUGGCUGUAGCCCUUCUUGCUUUAUUGUGGCACUUAUUUAUGUGGAUAGAUUUAUACAAAGCACAGAUGUUCAUUUAACUUCCCUUAAUGUUCACCGGCUCUUAAUAACAAGUGUAAUGGUGGCUGCGAAGUUCAUUGAUGAUGCAUUCUUCAACAAUGCAUACUAUGCCAAAGUGGGAGGAGUAAGCACAGCAGAACUGAACAGGUUGGAGAUGAAGUUUUUGUUUAGUAUAGAUUUCAGGCUUCGCGUAGAUGUCAACACGUUUGUAAGAUACUGUUCUCAGUUGGAAAAAGAAGCUGCUGAAGGGCUUCAGAUUGAACGAUCAAUCCAAGCCUGCAGAAUCAAAGAAAGCUGGUCAAACAAAGAUGAUUCAACCACUUGUGCUCCUACGAUUGCAAGAUGAAGAUUCCAAAUCAUCUCGCUGUGUCAUUGUAAUCCUACAUUCAUUUAAAUACUGUAAAGUUGGAAAUUCAUUGGUCUGUUCUCAUUUUUUUCAAUAUUUGGCCCCUGCAAUUUCCUUUUCAGUGGUGUUGCUCCUCAAGGUUUGUGAUGUUAGUUCAUGGAAAAGUUUGUAUGUGCAGAUUCAAACAAUUUUACGGGUACAAAAUUUGAUUGCUUGCUUGGUCUGAGUUUGGUUUAGGCGAGUCUUUUCUGUAGCUUUUUUGGAAUGAAGAAUUUAUAGUAAUAAUGGGGAUGCUUCAAAUUAGCUGAAA